AUGGUUGCUGGUCUCGGAUCCGCCGCGGCCCUGCUCCUCGCGAGCACGGCUCUUGCUAUGCCUGCCGUCAACGCGCCCCGCCAGGACGCCGCCUGCGACGCCAAGGCCGCCCUCCCCACCAACGUCAACCAGAAGACGCUCCCCGACCCCUUCAAGUUCUGGGAUGGCUCCACCACCGCCACCCUCUCCGCCUCCGUCUCCAAGCCUGCCGGCGGUGGUCCUUCUGGUGCCGUCAUUGCCUACGGUUUCCCCUCCGUCAACGUUCCUAGCAACGUUGCCACCAUCACCUUCUCCAACGACCAGUUCGGCGCCCAGCAGGGUGGCAACUCCCGUGGUCAGGGUGCUUUCUACACCCUCUUCGGCAGCGACCACUCCGCUGGUGCUCUGACCGCCUGGGCCUGGGGUGUUGGCCGUAUCAUGGAUGCCCUCGAGCAGCUCGGCGCCGAGACCACCGGCAUCGACCCCACCCGCGUUGCCGUUACCGGUUGCUCCCGUAACGGUAAGGGCGCCUUCAUCGCCGGUGCCCUCGAGAAGCGUAUUGCUCUCACCAUCCCCCAGGAGUCUGGCUCCGGUGGUGCCGCUUGCUGGCGUAUCGCCGACGACGAGAAGGCCAAGGGCAAGAACAUCCAGCACGCCGGCCAGAUUGUGGGUGAGAACGUCUGGUUCUCCACCCGCUUCAACGCCUGGACCAGCAAGAUCAACCAGGACCCCAACGACAUUGACUGGCUCGGCCCCGUCGCCAUCACCGGCUGCAUGCAAGCUGGUCAGCUCAUCUACAAGGCUCUCGGUGUCGCCGAACACAUGGGUCUCUCCCUCGUCGGUGGCCACAACCAUUGCCAGUUCCCCGGCAACCAGAACGACGAGAUCAACCAGUUCUGGGACUACUUCAUCAACGGUGGCACCACCAAGCCCGCCGUCAUCUCCAAGUCUACCGCGACCGUCAACGUCGCCGAGUGGGCUCCUUGGGACAUCCCCACCAUCACUGGCGAGUGGUAA